UCCAUGGCACAGGCGCGGUUGCGCUGUCCCUGCAGCCCGCGAGAGGAGGAGGAGGGGAGGGGAGGAAGAAGAUGCCGGGCAAGCUGAAGGUCAAGAUCGUGGCGGGGCGCCAUUUGCCGGUGAUGGACCGCGCCAGCGACCUAACCGACGCCUUCGUGGAGGUGAAAUUUGGAAAUACAACAUUUAAGACAGAUGUGUAUCCCAAAUCACUUAAUCCUCAGUGGAAUUCUGAGUGGUUCAAAUUUGAAGUAGAUGAUGAAGAGCUCCAAGACGAGCCUCUCCAGAUCACAGUUCUUGAUCAUGAUACAUACAGUGCCAAUGAUGCAAUUGGCAAAGUGUACAUAGAUAUUGAUCCUCUGCUCUAUAGUGAAGCAGCCACAGUUAUUUCAGGAUGGUUUCCAAUUUAUGAUACCAUUCAUGGUAUACGUGGGGAGAUCAACGUGGUGGUGAAAGUAGAUCUCUUCAAUGAUUUAAACAGAUUUAGGCAGUCAUCCUGUGGAGUCAAAUUUUUUUGCACUACAUCUAUUCCUAAGUGUUACAGAGCAGUAAUUAUUCACGGAUUUGUGGAGGAGCUUGUAGUUAAUGAGGACCCAGAGUACCAGUGGAUAGACAGGAUCCGUACUCCCAGGGCAUCGAAUGAGGCUCGACAAAGACUCAUUUCACUUAUGUCAGGUGAAUUGCAAAGGAAGAUCGGCUUGAAGGUGCUUGAAAUGAGAGGAAAUGCUGUUGUUGGUUAUUUGCAGUGUUUUGAUUUGGAGGGAGAGUCUGGACUUGUAGUGAGAGCCAUAGGAACAGCCUGCACGUUGGAUAAAUUAAGUAACACAUCAGCAUUUUUACCUGCAUGUAACUCCCCAUCCAAAGAAAUGAAGGAGAUUCCUUUCAAUGAAGAUCCCAAUCCCAAUACAUAUUCAUCAGGACCCUCCACCCCUCUGAAAAACCAAACCUAUUCCUUUUCACCUUCCAAGUCCUACAGUCGACAGUCCUCUUCUUCUGACACAGAUUUGAGUUUGACACCCAAAACUGCACCUUCCCCACAGGGACCUAGGAUUUUCCUGUUUCCCAGCUCCCCUACACUCUCUUGUGAUUCCCCACAUCUUAAAAAGUCCUGUCUCCUCCUCUCGGGGUCUAGCAUUAAACCUCUACACUCUAGCCAUGUCAGCCCAGUUGUUCUGAGGAAAAGUGUUUCUUUCACUGAAGAGCUGCUUCUGGCUGCUUCUGGAAUGGGCAGUGGGAGUGCUGGAAAAGAAGGGGGGCCAUUUAAAACUCUUUUAAGACAACAGACUCAGUCAGCUCUGGAACAAAGGGAAUUCCCAUUUUUUACCUUGACGACCUUCCCACCAGGCUUUCUAGUCCAUGUUGGGGGUGUUGUCAGUGCUCGCUCAGUGAAGCUCCUGGAUCGCAUCCACAAUCCUGAUGAACCAGAGACACGAGAUGCCUGGUGGGCAGAAAUCAGACAAGAAAUAAAAUCCCAUGCCAAGGCAUUGGGUUGUCAUGCUGUAGUGGGCUACAGUGAAUCAACCAGCAUUUGUGAAGAGGUCUGUAUUUUGUCUGCAUCUGGCACAGCAGCUGUACUGAACCCUAGGUUCCUUCAGGAUGGCACCAUGGAAGGCUGUUUGGAACAAAGGUUGUCAUGGCAGCCUGGCUUCUUUUCCAUAGGGUCAAAGAAGGGAGAGGUUGAUUUUUUUCCUCAGAGCCAAGAUAGUUCUUCUCUAUUAGGGAUUGAAGAAGCUUCACCACCAGGUUGUGGAUUUUGCCAUAUCCCAUAUGAUGAAUUGAACAUGCCAUUUCCUGCUCACCUCACUUACUGUUACAACUGCAGGAAGCAAAAAGUUCCUGAUGUCCUUUUUACCACAAUUGACCUUCCUGUAGAGGCAAUAGUUGUUGGAAAGGGAUGUCUUAUUCAAGCCAGAUUGUGCCGUCUGAAGAAGAAAGCUCAGGCUGAAGCAAAUGCAACCUCUAUCAGUAACCUCUUGCCAUUCAUGGAGUAUGAAGUGCACACACAACUGAUGAACAAACUGAAGCUGAGAGGAAUGAAUGCCCUCUUUGGGCUGAGAAUUCAGAUCACAGUGGGGGAAAAUAUGCUGAUGGGCUUGGCAUCUGCAACAGGUGUGUAUUUAGCAGCUUUGCCAACACCUGGAGGUAUUCAGAUUGCUGGGAAGACUCCAAAUGAUGGCACCUAUGAGCAGCACAUAUCCCAUAUGCAAAAGAAAAUAAAUGAUACGAUAGCAAAAAACAAGGAACUUUAUGAGAUUAAUCCUCCAGAGUUACCUGAAGAAAGUAUUGGGUCUCCCAUUCCAGAGCCAAGACAACGUUCCAGGCUAUUGAGAUCUCAGUCAGAAAGCUCUGAUGAAGUUACAGAGCUUGACCUCUCACAUGGGAAGAAAGAUGCUUUUGUCUUGGAGAUUGAUGACACAGAUGCAAUGGAAGAUGUACAUUCUUUACUGACAGAUGUUCCACCACCUUCUGGUUUUUACAGUUGCAACACAGAAAUUAUGCCUGGUAUAAACAACUGGACACCAGAAAUUCAAAUGUUCACAGCAGUUAGAGUGUCCAGAUUAAGCAACAUUAACCCAACAAAUCAAACACUCAAUAAGAACUUUAAUGAUCUCUGUGAGAAUCUGUUGAAGAGUUUGUAUUUUAAACUCCGGUCUAUGGUUCCCUGCUGUCUUUGCCAUGUAAACUUCACAGUUGCUCUGCCAGAGGAUGAAUUAGUUCAGAUUGCAGUCACAGCUGUUGCCAUUACAUACGACAAACACCAAGCACUACAAGCCAACAAAGCACCUACAGAAAAAUCACAGCAAAGAGCAUCUACAGACAAUGAAGAACAGCUACAAUUUCCCUUGGAACUUUGCUCUGAUCCCCUUUCUUCUCAAUCAUUCUCUCCAUCUAAAGAAGUCCUGGAGGGUGCAAGUUCCCACACAGGUACUCCUGCUGCUCAGAGAGCAACGGCAGUUGAUUACAGUUCCUUUGCAGACAGAUGCAACAGCUGGAUAGAGCUCAUUAAACUGAAAGCUCAGACCAUAAGGCGCGGAUCAAUUAAGACAACUACUUCCCUUGAAAAAGCAAGUCCAUUGGCUGAGGGAUACUUACGGCACCGUUCUGUCCCGUCAUGCACCAAUUCCACUGUCUCAGUUGUUAAGAUGACACCUCUUUCCUUUCUCCCUGGGGCAAAAAUAACCAAAUAUCUUGGCAUAAUCAACAUGUUUUUUAUACGAGAAACCACUUCUUUGCGUGAGGAGGGUGGUGUCAGUGGUUUCCUCCAUGCUUUUAUUGCUGAAGUGUUUGCCAUGGUGAGAGCUCAUGUUGCAGCUCUGGGAGGGAAUGCAGUUGUGUCAUACAUAAUGAAGCAGUGUGUUUUCAUGGAGAACCCAAACAAAAAUCAGGCUCAGUGUUUGAUAAAUGUCAGUGGUGAUGCUGUCAUCUUUGUCCGUGAAUCUGAGCUAGAAAUGCUGCCAGUGCAGCCUUCUACAGCUGCUCCUCAGCCUGCAAGUUCUGCAGGAGAUGUUACAACAUGAAGGCAGAACAAGUGAAGUAGUCUCUGCAAAAUGUAAAGAUUAUUUAAAAUGUGGGACUGUUCAGGUUUGCAUCUUCAAAGUCAGUAUUUCUCCGUGACAUUCACAGCCAAAAUCCAAGACAAUCACUCUUUUUUUGUUGUCAUAUAACUUACAUAAGUCAGAGCAGUGAACUGGCAGGUGUGCUCUGGUUCUUCUAUUGCUAUUCCUGGCCUCUGUGAAACCAGGCAGCAGGUGAAGCACUGACAGGAGAACAUGGAUUACAAUAGCAGGCAUCACAUGGAACUGUGGAAGGAAGGAAAAAUUCUGUUGCUUUUUUGAGCUGUUCAGUGGGACCAUCAUAAGUUGUCAUUCAGAACCAUUUCUGAGUUUGAGUGUUGUCUGGGCUGAUACUCAGCUUGGGUCAGGGUGGGAGGGAGGUGCCUGUGUGUUGGAGACCUUUGAGGAAGAAAGGAGAGAUUUGUGUGCAGGCCAAGAAAACAUAGGCUGGACUCUGAAAUUCCUUUCCACCAUAGAGUGUGAAGAGGAAAAAGCAGUACCAAAAAGUUAGGGUCUGAAUUUCUGCACAUUAAAAGUAUUUUUUUCUUGUUUUGUUGUUGUUUUUAUAUUUGGGGGUGUUUUUUGUUUUUUUAAUUGUUCUUUAAAAGCUGACAGACCACAAUGCUGUGAUCCUGAGCAUCUCUGUGGUGGGACAAAAAAAAAAACCCAGAACACAACAAAAAGUUCCAGGGUGUGCCUGGUGCUAUUAUAAGAUGUUCACUUCAGUAUUCACAAAGCAGGUCUUUUUGUUAUUUAAGACUUUGUGAAAGAAUUGUCCUGAGGUUCAUUUUCUUAAGGCAGGAUCUGUUUCAAGGACAACAUAAACAGUCCCUCAAAACUCAGUUGUGCAGAGGUUAUUCUGCAGCCUCCUUUCUGUUUAAAUGCCUGGCUAACUGGAGAUUGAUGUGUGUGUGUGACACUGGUUCCUGCAGGUUGCUUUUGUGUUUGGGGUUUUGUUUGGGAUUUUUUUGUUCUUUUCCAGUGCUGUAGCUGGGAAAUAAGGGUACUGCAAAGACAGGAAAUUUGUCAUUUCCAGUAAAAAUCUGAAAGGUGAUACUCUAUUGUAAAAAAAAAAACAACCAAAAGAACACCAACUUUUAUUUGAAGAUGCAUUCUUGCUUAAUUCUGACAAUAUUGUACAUGGAACUUGAACAAAGUUGUAAACUUGAAUGUAAAUAUUCUGUUCAGUGUUGAAAUUAAGCAAUGGCAUGAUUAUUUGUUAAAAUUAAUUAUUUCAUUGUA